AUGACUGAUCAAUCUGCUCAAGAACUGUGUCAAAGAUGCAAAAAGGAUGAAGUAACUGUGAACUCUAGGAAGGAGAAAUUUUGCAGCAAAUGUUUUCAAAAGUUCAUCACGUUAAAACAAAGAAAGCAAAUGAUGUCUUCCGAUUAUUACAGAGAUAUAUUCAAGAUGUUAUAUAAAGAUAAAGUCAGGACAGCGCAGGAGGCAGAGCAGCAAAAUUUGGAUUCUCGAAUCCUGGUUCCGUUAUCGUUUGGUUCUUCGUCAUUGGUCCUAUUAGAUAUAUUGAAUGACACUUUAACUGAGCAAUCUCACCAACAUAAGGGGAAGACUGGGUUUUCUGUAGAUGUAUUAACAUGCUAUAGACACGAGGAAGAUCUUGUACAAAUUAAGGAAAACAUAAACUCAUUAAGGGAAAGGUAUCAAGUUAAUAAGGGAAAAAUUAAUUUCCAUGUAUUAUCACUAGAUUCGUUUUUCAACUCAUGUGGUAAUGAAUUACAACAAAUUGUUUUACAUUACCAGGAAUUUUCAUCAAUGGGGGCGGAUGUCACUAAUUUCGAUACCAUUGAUCAAUUAUUGAAAAAAUGUCCUAAUAGGAAUAGUAGCGGUGAUUUGCUAUACUUCAUUACCAGACAUGUAGUAAAGAAAUACACAUUGCAGCAUGGUUAUAAGGCUAUUCUUUGGGGUCAUUCCAUGACGAGGUUAGCUGAUGAAAUUAUUUCAUUGGUGGUUAAGGGAAGAGGUGCUCAAGUGGCUACAUCAUUGGACAUGCAUUCAUUUGAUUCCGUUUAUGGCAACAAAUUUAAAAAUUCUUAUCCAUUGAAGGAUAUCUUAUUAGAUGAAGUGGAUGCUUAUUUAUACAUUGCUGGUUUAGACCAAUUGGUGAUUGGAUACGAUGCAAGGGAUUCAUUGUUGAUUAAUAAGGUAAAGCAGGAUAACAGUCAUAAGAACAUUAGAUUAGUACGGAAUAUGACAAUAAAUGAAUUGGCUAGAAAGUAUUUCAAUGACAUUGAAGGUGAUUAUUCAAAUAUUAUUUCUACUGUUCUGAGAACUGGUGAUAAAUUGGCUGAACCUGAAUUUAAUCAAGGAGGGGAAGGAAAAGAAGAAAGUGGUAAAUGUUCCCUAUGUUUGGGUAAUUUACAUUCCGAUGCCUCGAAAUGGUUACGAUCUAUUGCUGUCAUUCAAGGAUAUCCGAUUGAAAAUGAAGAGGAGAGGGAAUUUUAUGAAAAAUGGUCACAAUCUGCUGUCGGGAUAGAGAAUGCAGAAUAUAUGAAAUUGAAAGAUUCGAUAUGGGAGAAUGGUACUUAUGUCCCAUUGUGUUAUGGUUGUAUUAUUACGAUGAACGGUAUAAAAAAUAGAAAUGUGAAAUGGCCUAAAUUUAAUAAUACAGAAUUGAAUGAUGUCUUGAAUGAAUAUGUUCUUUCCGAAGAAGAUGAGGACGAGAUAAUAAAGGCACACUGA